AUGGCGCUUGUGUUGACUGUGCGAAAUCUCACGUCAACAAGCCUCUCGAUCAAACGGAUUGAGCGGUUCCAGGAUCUCAAUACGUUGCAAUCAAAAAACUCUGGGUACUUCUCCAGCUUCGCUAAUACCGGUACCUCAUCUGCAUUUCCAACAUCGCCUGAGCUGAGCGAGCAUGCGCAAAGGUUCACGCAUCAAGAUCUAGAGUUGACACUCAGGCCCUUUGAAUCUUGUACUUUGGCAUCGCAGGAGCAAGCUUCCGAGCAAAAUGCCCUUGCCAUCUCACGUGCCACUUUACGCCUCACAUUGGAGACUUCGAUAGGGGAACGAUAUCGCGUUGAUACACAUCCGUCGUAUACUCGGAAAUCAAGCCAUGCAGUCACGCCUUUGAGCUCAAACCCUUCAGCAAGCUACUCUGCGCUGUUCCAUCCCUCCCGUCCUAGACCGCACCUGACGAUUCAUUCGAAUGAUGAGAUCAAGUACGAAGCAUGGAUGGCUGAUGUACCAGACACCGUCCCACUGUCUGCCCUGAGUAUCCCAGGAACACACAAUUCACACACCCACUACCGAGCCCUACCCUCUGUCCGUUGCCAAAACGUAGACGUGCAAACCCAGCUCGAAAACGGGAUCCGCUUCCUGGACAUACGACUCCAGCCCGCGCACUUCACCGACACCGCCGAAAAGGUCCUCUACCUCGUCCACGGCGCCUUCCCCGUCAGCCUCACCGGCCCCAAAACCUUUGAGCCCGUCCUGGAAACUUGCUACGACUUCCUGUCCGCCCACCCCACCGAAACCAUUAUCCUCUCCCUCAAACGCGAGGGCAUAGCCACUGCCUCGGACGAACAUGUCGCCCACAUCCUCGACCAACACUACAUCACCCCCAACCCCUCCAAAUGGUACACCUCCCCCCGCCUACCCCAUCUCGGCGCCGCCCGUGGCAAACUCAUUCUCCUCCGCCGCUACAAAGUCUCUUCCCCAUCCGACACCACGGGCCUCGACGCCACAGCCUGGCCCCACAACGUCACGCACGCCACCUUUCCUCCCCCCUUCACCUCGACCCCCUCGCAAUUCUGCCUGCAAGACUUUUGCCAAAAUGUAUACACCACAUCCCCGCUACUGUCCAUGCGGAUCCGGAACACCCUGUUACCCCCGGCCCGCUGUAUCUGA